AUGGACACCAGCGAAAUAGACGCCAAAGUCCUUGAGAGUCUCCAAGGUACUACUUUGGCAUGCUCGGCCCUCAAGCCCAUCUCGGGAGGUACUGUGAACUGGAACUAUCAUGCAACACUAGUCAAGCCGCUCGAGAACGGCUUCACAGAAGUUCUGGUGAAGCACGGGGAAAGACAUAUGAAGACCAGACCCGAGUUCAAGCUUGAGUUUCUCCGAUGUCAAAUCGAGUCUGAGUGCUACAAGAGCCUAACCCACCGUCCCUUUACUGGCGGGACGGGGGCGACGGAUUCCUUCAGCUUUACCGUCAGGACACCAGAGUUCAUCCACUUCGACGAGGAGAACCUCAACCAGUUCCUGGAGUAUCUCCCACAGGGGACCACCUUGAAGAGUUAUCUCUUCGGAGACCACCACCUCACGUCGUCAGGUCCCGAGUCAUCGGUGUCGCUAGAGCCGCAGUUUCAACAACUAGGCAAGGCCAUUGGCACGUGGCUCACGCGGUUUGUCAAGUGGGCCGCGAAGCAGGCCGAGCUGAGGCAGACGGUUGCGAAAAAUGCUGAGGCGCAGCGCAUCCGGCACUGGGUCAGCUUUCUGUGGCUGCACGAUCGUAUCAAAGAAUAUCCAGCUAUCUUGGGCGACGUCAAGGGGGUCCUGGAAGAGGUCGAGCAGGCGGUCGCCGCGGAGUUGCGGGACGAGAGGAAGCUGCAGGUUAUUCACGGAGAUCUCGCCAUCGGCAAUAUUGUGCUACCUGAUGCGCCACUGCGUCAACACGACAACAUACCCGUUUUCAUCGUCGACUGGGAGAUGGCUGAAUUGGGCGUGCCAACUACGGAUCUCGGCCAUGUAGUAGUCGACCUGUAUGCGCUGUGGAUGUAUAAAUCGAUCAAACCGGCGCUGUGGAUCAUGCAAGGGCUGGUCAAUGCGUACGGCGAAGUGACUGAAGAGUCCGCGUUUCGUACUGCUCUGUACAUUGGCUCACAUUUGAUCUGUCUCAUAACAGUCAGCGACUGGCUCCCUGCGGACCAAGUGGAAGAAGUGGUUCGCCAUGGGAGGGAUAUCGUCGUGCAUGCUUGGAAGAAAGAUCGUUCUUGGUUUGAGAAGGGCGAGUUGAGGUGCCUCUUUCACCAGAUCGCGUGA